AUGUCUGCCCCCAUUGUGCAUCAUCUUUCUUUCGGUCCCUUGACCGCUCACGCCUUCAAUGCAGACCGUUCGCAAGUGGCUGUAUGCCCCAACUCCAACGAGGUGCAGAUCUACUCGUUGACGGGCAGCAAUUGGACCCUGACCAGCACCUUGACGGAGCACGACAAGAUAGUCACUAGCAUCGAUUGGGCUCCGCUAUCGAACCGUCUUGUGACUUGCUCUCAGGACAGGAACGCAUAUGUUUGGAGUCUGGGUAAUGAUGAGAAUGGAAAGCAGGUCUGGAAACCCACGCUGGUGUUGCUCAGACUCAAUAGAGCGGCAACAUUUGUGAGGUGGAGCCCAAAGGAAGACAAAUUCGCCGUAGCAAGUGGUGCUAGAAUCAUUUCUAUCUGCUCAUUCGAAGCUGACAACGACUGGUGGGUAGCUAAGCACAUCCGCAAGCCGCUGCGAUCUACUGUACUGUCUCUGGAUUGGCAUCCCAACAACGUACUGCUUGCGGCUGGCAGUGCUGACGCUCGCGCGAGAGUCUUCAGCGCCUUCAUCAAGGGCGUGGACGACAAACCUGCAGCUUCUGUGUGGGGAGAGAGGCUGCCCUUCGGCACGGUCUGCGCAGAAUUUGCGGCGCCUGCUGGCGGGUGGGUUCACGAUGUCAGCUUCUCGCCAGAUGGAGAUUCGCUCGCUUUCGUGGCUCACGACUCCUCCGUGACCAUCGCUCAUCCUUCGGCACCUGGAGCACCUCCCCAUGCAGUCCACGUGAUCAGAAGUCCAACUCUGCCCUACGUGUCUUUGCGCUUCGUCUCGCUCACGUCCUUUGUCGCUGCCGGUCACGAUUGCCAGCCUGUUCUGUUCACUGGCGACGUCACUUCUGGAUGGCGUCUUGCCAAGUCUCUUGACAGUGCAGCAGUUGCCGGGGGCAAAGCGCCUCCCCCACCGCCUCCCAAGCCAUCUGGCGUCGGUGGACCUGGUCGACUGAACAACGAGGCAUUCAAUCGCUUCAAGUCUGCCGAUGCUCGUGGUGUCAGUACAGCAACAUCUGUUACUGGCGGGGGCAAUGGAAGCGGUGUCGCGGGGCAAUUGGGCGCCAUCGUGGGAAGUGGUGUCGGAGCUGAUGGAGAGCUGCAUACGACCCACCAGAACACCAUCACCAGCGUGCGAGUUUACUCUGGCUCAGCGGACAAUGCCAGCGCGAUCAGUACAAGCGGUGUGGAUGGACGUUUGUGCAUCUUUACCGUUCCUGCACCCUCGUCCGUUGGAGCGCUCACGAAGGGCGUAGCUUCCAUUCGAGUUGCCUAA